UCACCCAUCAACACGACUUCAUCCAUUCAUCACUCCUCACUGAAGCUAUUACUAUCAAGCUUCUGCUUAGAAAUUCCCUCCCAAUUUGGGAUAUCAAUACCGAUAUGGCGGCAUAUAGUCACAACGACUAUAUUAAGUCCGCCGAACAGGUCCGCUACAUCGUCAAUCAUGUCUUCCUCCCGUCGCAGUUACCUCAGAAGGAUGACUACAAUGCAGGACAUGAGGAAGCUCUACUAUGGGCAGUAAUCGAAGCUCUUCAUGACUUCAAAGAUCAUACACAAGACUAUGAAUCGGAUUUAAUCGAUUCGAUUAUCAACUCCUUACAACCUCUACGAUUGUCCACAUCCAAUGAGAAGCAACUUCUCGAAGCAUUUGAUGCUUUUCUUAUCAGAAACCAUGGCACGGUCGUGUUUCAUGUCAAGGAACAGAAUGCAGGCAUCAUGUUCACAAGAUCAGACGCGUCGGUGCACGCUGAAGUCUUCGAGCUAUCUGCCAAUAAUAGAUCUGUGAUGUCCACAGAGGGAAGACUACUACGGGUCUUCCCGGGGUCUUCCUCAGCUAUUCCCUUGGAGACUUUCCAUCUACCCGAGUUUCAAGAGUCGAUAGCCCAUACGCUGGACAAGAUGAGCCACCAGAGAACCUAUGAUACUAAACCAAAGGCUCGAAAGAAGGGAAAGAUGCAUGAUGAAGACCGAGAUACCACCCACCCGAAGAUGGUCACUGAUUUUUUCUCCGCACUUUUAUCGUAUCUGGGGAGUCCAGUAGAGGUUGACAGCAUCAUCAAGCACACACGCGAAGAGAUUUUCUGGAAAGAUUGCAAGGCGCCGUGGCAUAGAUCAGCUUUGUGGCUGCUCAUUCGUGUCGCAUUGCAACUUCAGUUCUCACGGUCGGCCACGUCAUACAAGUGCCCCGGACAGGCUUACAAGACGUUUAUGCUGUUCUUCAUGACUAAGAUCUUGAUGCGGGCACACGUAUGCAACCUUUCAAGUGAGCUAUUGUCAGCCAUGAAUUCAAAGCUCUCUCGUCGAUGCCAGAAGGUUGCUGGGUUUGCCCCUGAGAACAUUGUCGAGUCUGUGAAGUCCUCUCUGUCGGCGACUAACCAGAUCCUCCAAGAGAGAUGGUCUGAAAUACAGAGACAGAGCCAUGUUUCCCACAAUAUGGAGCACCUUCGAGAUAUGAAUCUUGAAAAUGAUGCUCACAUUUACCUUCUGGAGCUUGAUAACUACAUUAGGUCCAUAGAUCACCGAGGACAGGGUAGUGGCGCUUCACUCUUGCGACUGUCCACUCCCUUAGAAUCCUAUACUUCUUCUAAUAUCCCUUCAUUCACAGCCCCAUUAGACGAUUCAGACAUAGCAUACACACUAGCAGCUAUCGAGUUUUGGGUCGCCGAUAGCCUCCCAAAAUGGAUAAGAGAGAACGAAAGGGGCUCUAUGACCUGUCGUUCUUUGAUGUCGCUGAUCGUGGACUACUUCAAGGCAGCACUUAUCCAUUACCAAGGAAACCCUGAGAUGACUUCCGUAAUGAUUCUCACUAUCCUAGAGCUAUGGGUUGCAUCCGACAAGUCCGCGGUGCAGAAUUGUGCAUUGUUGGAAAAGUACAAACCAGGUGUGCCCCUGGAACUCUUGGAGAAUCUAAAUCUGCCGCUGAGUGAACAGAUGGAGAGGCUUCAGGAGAUAGAGACGUACUUACUCAGACGUGAAUCCAGAGCUCCCUACACUUGCUACGAUGUAUUUUUGAGCUAUGGUAGCGCUCGUAGCUUCUCUGUGUUGUAUUUCGAUCAGUCAAUGCAACACCGGAAUUUACUUGCCACGAUCGAAAAAGAUGCAAGGAGAGCGAGGGAAAAGAAGCGCCAGGAAUUCCGAAAUGCUCGACGCCAAUUUGAUGACUUAAUGCAGCGUUCGAGAGCGGCUGAUCACAAAUACACCACGACCGAAGAUCCAGUAACGGGUGAAUAUUCUGACCAUCACUACAAAUGGGAUUGUUUAAAAUGUGGCCUUGAACAGCAGGCAUACAGCAUGCAGAUAAGCAUACACGAAUGGCCAUUACCGGAAGACAAACUUGAGGCCAAGUCAACCGUUUUCGAGCUGCAGGUUCCUCCCUUCUUCGGCUACUGGCGUGACACUACAAUGUUCAUACUGUUCAAUGUUCUCGGCUCUCGUUAUCACGCCGCGAAAACGACAGACUCUAAGAACUCGCUGAGCAAUCCCUUGACAAACGACUACUUUCGACCUUUCGAUCAAUAUCAGCGGAUAACUUUGCGGUCUGGGGCCAAGUCCCACACGCGCACACAUCGUAGCGUGAGGGACCUAUCUAUCCAAAAGGAGAGUGAGAUCUGCCUUGAGAAUGGUCUCCAUUACAAGUAUUUCGACACCACGGAGGACUGCUUCGUCACCCAUUUAGGGACUACGCAAACGGUCCCUGAACUAUGUACGUACUCUAUAUCGGAUAAAUCGACUGACCAAAUAUCGCCGAUCCAACAAUUCAUCAAUCGUCCGGCAUCAGAACCUCACGGUCCACCUCCAAAUACGGUUUUAGCUUCACAGUCGACUUGCCCCGGUGACUUAUCACUGGAAGAGUAUAAGGCACUUACGUCUCUUCCCCUAGGUUCUAGCAUUCAAUGGCAGAAUAUCUUGGUGCAGCUCGCAAUGCCUAGCAUAGACUUCAAAAGGGAAGAGACUAUGCUCGUUAUCCUUCAAUGUAUUUUCCAGGCAGGUCCAAGAGAUGGCGGCAAUAUACUAAGAACAGGUCAUAAAGUCCUCAGCGAUAAUUCUUUUGCCCACGCACUACUAGGUCGUCUGCACGAGGCACUUGGAAGGGUCCAGGAAAACUGGCAAUCCUUCCAAGCACUAGGUAUCUUCGUCGCUCUAUCUAGACGUCUGCUUUCCUUGGCACCAAUGGAGGACGUUAAGCAUGAGUGUCUCAGAUUCCUUGCUACCACUCGGGAAGUUGCUCUAGACUGGAUCCGAGUCCUCGACGAAAAGAUUCAGAGUACCACCGACGACGAUAUCAGGAAAGACUUGCGGUACAAGACAACCAGGAUAGCAUUGAUUUGUGCGGAUACUUUUAAUGUUGAUGACGAACAGCUUCGUCGACUUCUGGCCUCGCCACAUGAUGCGUGUAUUAUGAUACGGUGCGCUAUUGUUCUCCAGGAAGGGCUAUGCCACGUCACAAGAACGGCUGAAGGUAUAGAAUUCAUCAUGCGUCAACGCUGGGAUCAGCUCUCGUAUCGAGGUUUCAGCAUUUUUUCGAAUCAAAUAGUCAACAACAACAACCCUGCGCUGGAAAAUGCCAUUAAGGAGUCUUGGCCUGUAUUUCGCCCCAUCAACGCGUGGCGUAUCAGGAAGAGGCCCUAUCAUCACUGGCUCGAGAUCCGUUCAGCACGCGAAGAAGGAAGUGGCUCGCUCGAGGUACACUUUAGUACAUUGACAGGAGAACUCCUGAUAGACGGCAGCCCUUUAAGUCGACUCCCUAAAGAAUACGAGCAGCACUCUAUGUAUUCGACCUUGUUUGGAAGAACGGUAAUAGAAGUUAGGCCUAGCUCUAUUCCUGGAAUGCGGUAUUCUUCCAAGAAAGCGUUUAGUGGGCAUCGUGUAGAUUUUGGGAUGAACUACCAGGACAAGAAUAUUCACAUUCGAGCAGCAACCAACGGUCAAGUAUUCGAGCUUAUCCCCCGAUAUAUCCUUCAUGGCUCCUUUCCGGCAAUGUUUGUGAACAACUUUGUUCAUUGGUACAAUAAAUCCGAAGGUUACUUGGAAUUCUGUGCUCAGGAACUCCCAUGGGAUCACUCGGAGAAAAACUGGAGAUUGUUCCGUUCAGGGUAUACAUGGAGACUAGCGAAAGGAAACUCAUUCCUUGUCAGCAUUCGAAGUGCCACCGCAAUGAGAAUAUCCAGCAUACUAGGCUGCCUUGAGCCCCUCCCUUGGAUUCACAUCAUCCUUCGCGAAUACUCCCUAGAUAUUGAGCUCCCGAGAUUGAAGCUUGGAUUCUACACAAAAAAGGGAGGGACGUCCAUAUCUUCUCGCCAGUUUCGUGGAAUGGUUGUAGACGAGGAUCAAUCGAUUGGAACUCUUACCGGUCUUGAAACUAAGCUGGUGCUGAGAGGGCAAGAUGGCGGCCUCCGACGCAAGGUUAUUAUCCCUAGUGGAGUCAUUAGAUUCUUCAGGAGUCCUCAUAUCCCCGAGACGCUGCAACACGUGGUAGUCCAAAUUGAACAUUGUUCGAAUACGAGGGCUCAUUCCUACGAGAUUGACAACCUACUUGGCAGACUUAUUAACAAUAGCAGUCUGCAGAGUAGGUUGUUGAUAUCGUAUCUUCAUGCUCUCACCUCUUUCCCCUUACCAGACCAACUUACCGGGAAAACAGGGACAGAAAGUGCGCUUACUAUCCUGAACUCUGCUGCUGUUCGGUCAUUCAAAUGCCUCACAGAAGAGGAUAUCGACUUAUUACAACAUAUGGCAGCGCUCACUCCGAAGCGAGUCUACUAUCCACCGGAUGAGCAGGAUAUGCAGACUGUGCAUUGGUCCUCGGAUCUUGGCUUCUUAGCUCAGCAUGGAAAUUUUUUCGAGAGCGUGGAUUCGAUAUACAAGCAAGCCAGAGAAUCCGAAUUCCUUUAUCCCGAAUCGCACGUCGCCUUACCUGAUCUACAGGAUGUCAACUACACUUUGCUACGUCGGGAUCUGAUUCGUUCAUCAGUUUUCCGUAUUGUCGGAUUCGGCGCUGAGGCCCAUACAGACAAAUAUGACGUGAAAUAUCAGGCUAGGGAUCGCGAGAAGUACUCUUCUCAGGCUUCACAAGCCGUCGCCUUAUCCAGCAUGCUGUUCGAGGAAGACUUCACUCUCCGGUACGAUAUCAAGGGUAACGUAGGAUCUGUUAUAUGGGAUUUCAUUAAAAACCAUGUAAAAGGUCCUACACGUGGCCCUUCCUUUUCGUUGUCCGCUUCAGAACUACAAUACGAUUCUGGGUUACUUCUGAACCCCUACCCAUUCAUCGCCGAACAGUGGAUUCCUCUUCACAGACUGUUGAGCAAUCCGGGGGCUAGACCAAACAAAUUUCAAAUGAUGUUCUGGCUUGCUGCCAUUGCGUAUAUUAAAGAUGCCGAACUGAGCAUUCUUCAGAUUCUAGCUUCUUUCUACGCGGCACCCGACAUGGCUUUGAUCGCGGGGCCAAAUGUCGCAACGUUCGACUUAUCCAAUGGUUUCGAUAUCAGGACUACGAACUUGUCAGGACUUUUCGAAGAUUGCUGUUUGAAAUUUCACCAAGUUCCAGAAUCAAACUUACCUAGGAACUAUGGAGAGAACAAUAGUAACUACAACAACCGACGACGACGACAGCAUAACAUUAAAAAGAGCGAAGCUAUAUCCACAUUAACUUCUGCUUUGAAAGCUCAGUGGCCUUGUGGAGUCCCGGCUUAUCCAGACGGCACGACCUACGCGAAACUAUGUACGUAUAUUAAUAUGACCUCGGCUAUGGAGCGAGCCAGAGGUAGGUUCAAACCUUGCUUCGACAAUCACCUGCUCGUACUUUACUUCGAAAAGAUUGGCCGGAGUAUCACGCGGGAGACCAGUACGGUUGAAGUCGAGAGGGGAAUCCCGUUCGCUUCGCUCCCUAGUCCCACGAAGUUUAGACUCGUCAAGAAUGACGACGUACUUUCCUCUUCGGCCCCUGUGAUUUUGCCGUAUAUGGCGAAAGAUUCUCAGUAUCUAUCUUACAACGAAAAUAACCAGACACCCCGUCUCCCUUCUCUACUAUCGAGACUCGAAGAGCAAGCACAAUCGGGUUAUGAGAGACGUUAUGUCGAAGACCUAGGAAGUAGCGUGGAGUCGCUUCAGAGUUGGAGAAUGGAAUAUAGGUUGCCGUUGGAAGCGGAGGAGCUGGAGCCGCUUAUAAUUUCCCAUCAAAGCGCAUGCCAAUCAGUAGUCGACGAAAUCUAUAUCACCAUGCGGGAAUCGGUUGAAGAGAGCCUUCGGACUCGAGAGGCUUCAAGCCAACACUGGCCGAGGAUAUCCCCGAUCUUCUUCCUAGAACGCCUCUCUUAUCACUACUGGGAAACUCUCCCAGAAGGCUGGAGAAUAUGGAUCGUUCAUUAUGGAGUUGCUAUUUCUCACCUACAACGCGCACAGCGCCUACUGAGGGCAAUCAACAAUCCGUCUGCCUUAAUCAAGGAACUGCGAAACCCUGGUCACAUAAACUGGAAGCCAAUCGACCAACCCGACUCCUUGCUUCUGGAAAUCGAGAGCGAUCUUAUGAUCAGGGAGGUCCAAGAGGACAUCGCGAAGCAUAUGAGAAGCCCCGAAAGCGGGAAAAAUUCGGUCAUGCAGUUGAACAUGGGCGAGGGAAAGUCAUCAGUUAUUGUUCCCGCGGUUGCCGCAGCUCUCGCAGAUGGCGAACGACUAGUCCGAGUCAUUGUUGGGAAACCACAGUCAAAGCAGAUGUUCCAGAUGCUUGUAUCGAAGCUAGGCGGCUUGUUGAACCGACGAAUCUACCACAUGCCCUUCUCUCGUGCUGUAAAGGUUGAACGUGCUGAGAUUGAGGCAAUGACGAAGAUGGUCAACUCCUGCAUAGAGAAUGGCGGUGUCUUUUUGGUUCAGCCAGAACACAUCCUUUCCUUUAAACUCAUGGGUAUUGAGUGCAUACUAACAGGAAGAGAGGAAAUCGGACUCCCUCUGACGCAGCUUCAGGCAAGCCUUGACGAUUGGACGCGUGAUAUUGUUGACGAAAGCGAUGAGAAUUUCAGUGUCAAGUUUGAGUUGGUGUAUACAAUGGGCACACAGCGACCGACCGAAUUUUCUCCUGACAGAUGGAUUUGCAUCCAGCAGUUGCUGGAUAUAGUCAGAAGUGUCAUCUCGAAGGCACAUUCCGAGCUCCCAGGUUCGAUUGAGCUUCGCUUCCAAGCCUUCGGAUGCUUUCCGUGGACUCGAAUCAUAAAACCAGAUGCUGCAGACCAGAUUCUUCGUCGUAUCACGGAACGGGUUUGUGCGACGGGCUUGAAUGGAUUCCCCAUUACAAGACAGCCUGAGCUUAUACGUGGAGCUGUGUAUAGAUACAUCACAGAGGUUGAACCCAGAGCAGAUGACAUCGCAUUAGUCGAGGACGAGAGCCCGAAUGGGUUCUGGACGGGCGCCAAAGAUACAUUGCUGCUGCUACGCGGCCUCAUAGCCGGAGGAGUUUUAGCGUUCGCCUUCGGACACAAGCGCUGGAGGGUUGAUUAUGGACUUGAUGGGAACAGAAACCCAAGCACCAAGCUUGCCGUGCCUUAUAGAGCCAAGGAUAGUCCUUCACCCCGAUCCGAGUUCAGUCAUCCGGAUGUUGUCAUUCUCCUUACGUCCUUGAGCUAUUAUUACGGCGGGCUCAGCGACGAGGACUUGUUCUUGACGUUCAACCAUCUCUUCAAGUCUGAUCAGGCUGAACUCGAGUACGGGAUGUGGGCUAGGGCUGCCAACGAUUUAGCUCCUGCUUUCAGACAAUUGGUUGGCAUUAACCUCGAAGACAGCCAAUGCACAGAGCAUGUGUUCAAGAAUCUCCGAUAUGUUAAAGGGGUCAUCGAUUACUUCCUAGCACACAUCGUUUUCGCGAAGGAGAUGAAGGAAUUUCCACACAAGCUCUCCGCGUCAGGUUGGGACAUUGGAGAAGUCAAGGAUCACCCGACAACAGGAUUUAGCGGCACCAAUGACUCUCGCAAGGUGCUUCCUCUUCAUGUUGAGCAAUUAGACCUCCCAGCCCAGAAACACACCAACGCAUUGGUGCUCGAGUAUCUGCUCCAACCCGAAAACUCAGUCGAGCUCAUGCCACCACGACGAGAGAUGGAUGUGUCAGUUGCUGAAAUGCUCCUAGACAUCAUCACUAGGAUGGAACCUCCAACUAGAGUUAUAUUAGACGUGGGAGCUCAGAUACUCGAGCUUGACAAUCUAGGGGUCGCCAAAGCAUGGCUGCGAAGAAAUUCUCACGACGGACAAAUUCAAGCGGCCGUUUACUUCGAUGACCAUGAUGAGCUCUGUGUUAUCGAUCGUAGGGGACACUCUGAGCCUCUCCAGGCAUCACCGUAUGCGACACAGUUAGACACUUGCCUUGUCUUCUUAGACGAGGCUCAUACUAGAGGCACUGAUUUGAAGCUACCGAAAAAUUAUCGCGCAGCAGUCACUCUAGGCGCAAACCUGACGAAAGAUAGACUGGUACAAGCAUGCAUGCGGAUGAGAAUGUUAGGCGAAGGACAGUCUGUGGUGUUUUGCGUACCAGAAGAGAUUCGGGCCAAGAUCCAAGCUCGCAAAUCUGACCCUGAUCCCUUCGCCCGUGAAGAAAUCUCCGUCCUGGACAUCUUGGCAUGGACGAUCGGGGAAACCUGGCAGGACAUCCACCGGAGCAUGGGAUUGUGGGCUAACCAGGGCCGCCGCCACGAAGUGCACCUGAAGGUGUGGGAAGCAGCUCGGGCAAAUAAGUCGAUUGAUAGGGGGUUUAUAUUUGAAAAGUCUCUCGCCGAAAAAUAUCUUGAGGAUGAGUCGCAGACAUUGGAACGUAGAUAUCGCCCUCGCAAGAAAGGUACCAAUAGCCUUGGAAUCCUGUCCAAUGAGAACACCAUGGAUCCAAUCUCCAAGCGCUGCAGGGAGUUCACCAACCUGAACCUCGACUCAGCAGCACUCCAAGAAGAAGAGGAGCGAGAGUUGUCGCCGGAAAUCGAGCAAGAAAGGGAGGACCAGAGACCUCCCGCAGCCAAGCCGGACAUACACUCGAUACACCCACAUGUGGAAUCAUUCGUAACCUCAGGUACCAUCUACAGUACGUCUCAGGGGUACGGACCUGCAUUCAUGGCUUUGCAACGUACCACCGCUGGAGCUCUCCUCAAAGUACACAGUUUCCAACCCGGCUUGUUGGCCACGAUUGAUUUCGAACGAACUAUUAGAAAUCAUCGCAAGGGUAUCGACGUUUUGGAUUUCUAUCAACGCAGUGUCCAGUGGAUUUUGACGAGUGGUCGUCCUAACGACAAAUUUGUCAAGCAUAUGAUGGUCAUCAGUCCGUACGAAGCACAGAUGCUUCUUCCCAAGAUCCAGGCAUCCAACGCCGUUGCACUGCACUUGUACGCGCCACGGUCAAGUUUAGGAUACCGCCCGCUAGACAAACUGGACUUGUACACGGUCCCUGAACGGCUGAGCCAGCGUCAGAUACCGCAGCGGCUCAUCACGCAACUCAAUUUGUUUGCGGGGCAGCUCUACUUCGACUCGUUCGAGCAGUAUGUGGACGCGUGCAAGUUUAUGGGUAUCAGCUAUGACACGCCUGGCGAGGGAGAGGAGAUCGCAGCGGAUGGAUUCAUACUCCGCGAUGCGUUUGGAAUAGUUGGCGGUGAGUCGGGUUUGCAGCGUAGCCCAGUUAAGUUCUUCAAGGUGCUUCACACCAAGAUCCGACGCAACUGCGAAAGCAUUAGCAAGACACACAUGGGCAAAUUGCUGGAUAACCAGCUGCUUCGGCCGGAGGAUUUCGAGAACGAUGGAUGAUUGAGAAAUUGAGGCCAAAAUGGCAAUUGAGAUUGAAAUUGAGACUAAAAGUGGGACCUUAAGACAGAUUCGCCAAGUUCGGCAGAGGGACUAAAGACUUGUACAGUAAUUGUAGUUUAUUCUGAGAGAUUGUUGCCGAUACCGUAUUGAUUCAUGCUAAUUCGUGACAUAAUAGUCCCCCUUUUCUAGAGAGUUCAACUACAAGUGCCCAGUUAACUGAAUUGGUGUUA